UCACUUGAGACCACUCACUUCUCCUAUAUAUAUACUCUUCUUUCUUCAAACCCUAAACACAUUAUUCAUUUCUGCCUCAUUAUUCACUCUCUUUUUCUUUGAUCUAAUCGCUUAUCAAAUUUCUAGAAUGGGAAAGGUUAAGAUCGGAAUCAAUGGAUUCGGAAGAAUCGGAAGAUUGGUUGCUAGAGUUGCUCUUCAGAGGGAUGAUGUUGAACUUGUUGCCGUCAAUGAUCCAUUCAUCACCACUGAUUACAUGGUCUACAUGUUCAAGUAUGACACUGUUCAUGGACACUGGAAGCACUCUGAUGUUAGAGUGAAGGACGCCAAGACCCUUGUUUUCGGUGACAAGGAGGUCACUAUUUUCAGCUCAAGGAACCCAGAGGAGAUCCCAUGGGGUGAGGCUGGUGCCGACUAUGUCGUUGAGUCCACUGGUGUCUUCACUGACCAGGACAAGGCUGCUGCUCAUUUGAAGGGUGGUGCUAAGAAGGUUGUCAUUUCUGCACCAAGCAAAGAUGCUCCUAUGUUUGUUAUGGGUGUUAAUGAGACUGAGUACAAGUCUGACAUUAACAUUGUUUCCAAUGCUAGUUGCACAACCAACUGUCUUGCACCUCUUGCCAAGGUCAUCAAUGACAGAUUCGGUAUUGUUGAGGGUCUUAUGACCACAGUUCACUCCAUCACUGCUACCCAAAAGACUGUUGAUGGACCAUCAAGCAAGGACUGGAGAGGUGGAAGAGCUGCUUCUUUCAACAUUAUUCCUAGCAGCACUGGAGCUGCUAAGGCUGUUGGAAAGGUGUUGCCUGCUCUUAAUGGAAAGUUGACUGGUAUGUCUUUCCGUGUACCAACUGUUGAUGUCUCAGUUGUUGAUUUGACUGUUAGACUUGAGAAAGCUGCUACCUAUGAUCAAAUCAAGGCUGCCAUCAAGGAGGAAUCUGAAGGAAAGAUGAAGGGUAUCUUGGGUUACACCGAAGAUGAAGUUGUGUCCACCGACUUUGUUGGUGACAACAGGUCAAGCAUCUUCGAUGCUAAGGCUGGAAUUGCUUUGAAUGACAAGUAUGUCAAGCUUGUGUCUUGGUAUGACAACGAAAUGGGUUACAGUACCCGUGUGGUUGAUUUGAUUGUCCACAUGUCCAAGAGCGCUUAAAUGAUGUUUUUGGUGCUGCGGCUGUUUUGAAGUGUUGGGAUUGGAAAGUUAGUAGAGUUGGAAUAAUAAAAGAUGUUAACUUUUUAAUUCUCUUAUUAUUAUGGAGUUGUUUUUGAACAAGUUUCUCUGGGUUUCCUCAAUGAAGAAACGUACUUAUGUCGUUUCCACAGCUUUUUGGCUGUUUCAAAAAUAUUUGCUAGUUUGUUUCUUUUCUCA